AUGCUCAAGACAAUCUAUCCAGACUCGUAUGCGAACUCUUCGGCCCAAGCAAACGUCUCGAGUAUUACCUUUGCGGGUACAGUCGUGGGCAUGCUGUUCUUCGGGUAUACAUCAGACCACUUUUCGCGAAAAUGGUCGUUGUUCACGUCAACCAUUAUUAUCAUCCUUUUCGCCAUCUUGGGUACAGCCUCAUACGGAGCUGGAGGUAGUCCAAGUGGACUACUGACGGCGCUCGUUGUAUACCGUUUCUUCCUCGGAAUAGGUAUCGGCGGAGAGUACCCAGCAGGCAGCGUCGGCUGCGCGGAAUCCACCGGCGAACUCAAGCAAGGCACCCGAAACAAGUGGUUCAUCCUCUUCACCAACGUACAGAUCGACCUAGCGUUCUUCAUCAGCGCCAUCGUCGCGACCGUCGUUGUCCUCGCUACGGGCGAAGACCAUCUACGAGUCGCCUGGCGCAUCUGCCUGGGCAUCGGAAUCAUCCCGCCUCUUUCGCUGCUGUACCUGCGAUUGAAACUACAGGAGCCCGAGGCGUUCAAGCGCGAGUCGCUAGCCAAGGCAAAGACACCAUGGCUGCUUAUCAUCAAGUACUACUGGUUUCGCCUCAGUAUCGUAAGCAUCAUCUGGUUCAUCUACGACUUCAGCGCGUACUCAUUCGGUAUCUACGCCACGUCCAUCUUGGCCAAUUUGCUAGGAGAGUCGGCACCGCUGUGGAAGAGUCUGGCAUGGAACAUCCUCAUCAACUUCUUCUACAUGCCUGGUUGCCUUGCUGGUGCUUUUGUCGCGGAUCUACCUUCCAUGGGCCCUAAGAAGACGCUGUUCAUUGGUGUGACCUUGCAGGGUAUCAUCGGCUUUAUCAUGGCUGGAUGCUAUCCUUGGUUGAACAAGCCUGAGAACGUUGCCGGCUUCGUCGUGGUCUAUGGUGUUUUCCUUGCGCUGGGCGAGUUUGGCCCUGGUGAUAAUAUUGGUUUGGUUGCUUCCAAGACGUGCGCAACGGGUAUACGAGGACAAUACUACGGUAUCGCAGCGGCUGUAGGCAAGAUCGGUGCCUUUGCCGGCUCUUACGCUCUGGACGCACUUCAGAAAGCUGCAGGCGAUGAUGAAGUUGCUGCGGGUCGUAAUCCCUUCUUCGUGGCUUCUACUCUUGCCUUUGUGGCUGCUGGGCUGGUAUUGCUCCUUCCUCAUAUCGGCCAGGACACAAUCGACCAGGAGGAUAUCCGGUUCAGGGAGUACCUGACAGCGAACGGAUAUGAUACUAGCAGCAUGGGCUUGCAGAGUGCAGACGCAACGAGCACUGAGAGCGACGACAAUGGCGCUGUACCGGUUGAGCAGACGUAUGGGAAUAGGGAACUAUUUUCAUCCGAAUACAACUCGCUACAAACCACCAUCUCAAGAUCACUACCGUCCUUUGCCAACGAUCUUUCACCCACCAUGUCUCCCGCAGCCGUAACCUCGACCCCUCCAAGCACAAACCCCCACACAAACGGGAAAUCAUCUACCAAACCCGUCAUCACCCCUUCUUCGACGGUCACCUCUCAAAUCCCCGCAUGGGUCCAACCCGACCUCACCCGUCUCCUCCGCGUAGAGCACAACCCCGGCUCCUUCACCUCGCGCUCCGUCUCCCUCGUCAACCUGCCCCCCGGCGCAGUCUUCGCCCGCAUCACAAACCCCACACCAGCCACCGUAGCCUACUCCUCCGUCCAAGCCUCGCGCGACCUACACAUCGAGCUAAACUGCGACCUCGUCUAUAUAAACCAUAGCUGCAAGCCCAGCCUGGUGUUUGACAUGCAGCGCUGGGAAGUGAGGGUUUCUGAACAGGGAGAGGGGCUUAAGGAGGGGGACGAGUUGACGUUCUUUUAUCCGAGUACCGAGUGGAGUAUGGCUCAGCCUUUUGAGUGCUUGUGUAAGACGGAGGUGUGUGCGGGGGAGAUUAAGGGUGCGAAGGAUAUGAGCAGGGAGGUGUUGGGCAGGUAUUGGUUGAACAGGCAUAUUGAGGAGAUGCUUGCUGAGAGGGAUGGGCAGUAG